AUGAGAGGCGAAGGCGCAAUGUAUGCUGAUAACGCCCAUCCCGGCGACGCCUUCGUGCAACAUCAACGCGGCCAAUAUCCUCCUCAGUAUUGGUCUGCUGCGACACCAUCACAACACUCAUCCACACCAAACACCCUCCGCCCUCACCACGCAAGACAACAUCAUGCAGCACACGGCAUAGAGAGAGAAGAAGAAGACUCCAGCCCCCAGGAGCCCCUCUCUCCGCCGUCGUCUUUCGUACCCCACGCUCCCUCACCACCUUCCCAGCAACUUCACCCGAACCACUAUCAUCCGGAGCAGAACAGCUUCCCCGCCCCCGUCGUUAUCGGCAGCAUGUUCUCCUCCCAGGCUCAAGACCCUUACACCUCCCAGCCGGCGGUCCACUUCAAUGAGGCCCAGCUCGCCGUCGACGAGGUCACAAACCGCGCCCGCGCCAAGGGUUUCCGCGACGAGCUCACCAUCGCCGCCAACGGCUCCGUCACACCCGGCGUCGACGACACCCCCUACCUCCGCUAUGCCUUGGAGGCCCUCACGAGGGAGCACGGUCAUGGCAGCUUCUCUCCCCCGUCCAGCGCCCCCUCUCCGGCCGACAACACGGGCUACUACCGCGCUGCCGGGUAUCUCCCGGACGACCUCCAGAGCCCUCUCAUCAGCGGUGACCCCGAAUCCGGCUUUUCACCCAUGGUCCCCGUCCCUACUCACACGCGGGACUCGGUCCGACGCCAGUCUCGGCCCCAGUCUAACGCCGGUGGCGAGAGGCCUUCCAUGUCCCUGGGCACCCGCAUCAUCUCCAUGUCGCCGCCGCACUCUGCAGACUCAAGGUAUCACCACAACCAGGAUCAGAACCCGGCCGGCGCCGGCGCAGCCGCCUCCGAAACCACGCCGAAAUGGCUCCCCAUCAGCGAGAGGGAGAGCGUCUUCCCAGGCAUGACGAAGCUCGACACCAUCGACGAGGACCGCUCAAAGUUCCCCCGCCUCAACUUCGUGCCCACGAUCCUGCGUCUCCCCUCACUCAUCGCGCUUAUGACGCUAUGCCUCGUCAUAAUCGCCUGUCUCAUGGUCGCCGCUAUCUACUCGCCGAUCCAGCCUGGCCUGCUGACCUACGGCGAGACCAUCUACAGUGGCAAAUACUUCUUGUUCCGCAUCCUGCCCCAGCUCUUCGCCUCCUUCAUCUUUAUCUACGCGCAGUGCGUCACGACAGCCACGCUUCGAAUCCUCCCAUUCGUCGCGCUCUCCGAAGACGAACCCCUGCGGCGCCGCAACGCCCUCUUCCAAGACCUCUACCAAAGGACCUUCCUGCUCCCCCAGCUCGCCGGGCCCAUCCACGUCAAGAUCGCCCUGGCCAUCCUCUGGCUGUCGGCCUUCGCCAUCCCCCUCGCCAGCGCCUCCUUCACCGUAAUCCUCGUCGACGUCUGGUACUGGACCGCCGUCCAGGGCGUCGUCUGGACGCUCCUGGCCCUCUACUUCCUCGUCAUCGGCGCCGUUGUAGUCCUUCUGCUCUUCUGGCACAACCGCGUGACGGGCCUCAUGUGGGACCCGCGCUCCAUCGCCGACCUCUCCGUCAUGAUUAGCAGAAGCAACACCCGCGACUCCUACCGCGGCGCAGAGGUCGCCCCCACCCGCGGCUCGCUCCGCCGCGUCCUGCGCAACCGCAUCGUCGACCGCCUCGGCUACUGGAUGACGGAUAACGAAGAAAUGCCCUGGUACGGCCUCGGCACAGAGCACUCGCAGGGCCACACCCCCUCCGACCUCCACUAUGACAUCAAGAACGAGUCCUCCUCCGCCGACGACCGCCGCUCCGUCACCUCUACCCUCCUCGCCGCCGGCGGCAGCCACGACGACUACAUCCGCACCUACAUCCUCCCCUGGUGCCUCCGCACAAGCCAGGUACUCCUCUUCGUCACCGCCGCCACCGUCCUCCUGACAGCCCUCUUCGUCGUCUCCUUCCUCCAUCGCACAAGCCUCAUCGACGGCUUCCGCCCGGGCGUCCCCGCAGGUCCCUCCGCCCCGGGCUCCUUCUCCGCCGCAAACUUCCUCUACAGCUUCGUCCCCAGCUUCAUUGGCCUGCUCCUCUACCUCGCCUUCCAGACCCUCGAGCAGCAAAUCCGCAUCCUCCAGCCCUGGGCCGACCUAAACACCAAAGACGGCGCCCCCGCCUCUCGCUCCGUCCUCGCAGACUACGCCGCCUGCUUACCUCUCCAAUCCACCCUCCACGCCCUCCGCAACAACCACUGGCGCGUCGCCGCCCUCUCCCUCCUCUCCCUCCUCCUCGCCUUCCUCCCCGCCCUCGCCGGCGGCCUCUUCAUGGCCCUCACCGCCAUCCGCCCCUCCGACAGCGGCGUCCGCAUGUUCCCCAACGUCCCCGUCUUUGGCGUCAUCCUCGCCCUCUUGGUCCUCUACCUCUUCGCCUUGGUCUCUCUUCUCUUUGGCCGGAACCAGUACCGCCUCCCGCACGCCGUCACCUGCCCCGCCGAAAUCUUCUCCUUCCUCGCCAACGAGGACAACGCGACGGACCCGGCGUUCCAGGCCGCGCCCCGCUCCGGGGAGAAGCUGCGCGUAUAUCUCGGUGCCGGCGGGCCCGGCUCGUCGAGGAGCGCGGUGGCGACGCAGAGCACGUGGAUGUUUGGGUACUUGCGCGGUCGCGAUGAUAGGCGGCUGGGCGUGAGGAGGCAGAAGCGGUUUACUGGUGAGGGCAAGUCGUCGUUUCAUGAGAGGGCGCCUUCACGCCGGUCCAUGAUGUGA